GAACUAUGGCCGGUGGUGUUGCUAAUUGCCAAUUCUGGGAAAGAGAACUUGACAGACAUUGUCGAUUGUACGAAUUGAGUAAUAAAGAACGAAUUUCUGUCGCUGCUGCUUCUAAGUUAUUGGCUAAUGUG